UAUAGCCUUGCCUUCUAGGCUCCAGCCCCCCGGCGGGGCAGUUCUCUAUAUACCGUGGGCGGGGCCUUGUUGUGGGGUGUAAUAGUCGGGCGAAAAAGUCCUAAAUAAUAAAAAAAAAACCGACGCCUAACGCAAAGGGCAAAAACCUCGCACCUAAGCCAAAACGGCGCGAGGGAAAAAGCCCUGUAACCGCGAUUAAUUAGUGUGUGCGUUUGGGGGUUAGUAGGAGGCGAUAGGAGGCGAUAUGCUGAAUUGUCGCAGCUGCGCCACAUUUGGAACCAACAUUAUAAACAAGCAAAAAGCUGCAAAAAGAAGAUUGUUUGCUGUUUGGAUUUUGGUUAUUAUAUUUUUCUGAGCUGGCAAGCUGAACCCAUCCCAGUGUGACAUUGGAGUUGAACUCUGGACUGGCUACAGCUCCACAUCGCAUCCUGUGCCAGCGACCAGAUUCAGCCAGCCAUUACCCAGCUGCAGUGGCAGCCAUGCCGGGCCGUCAGUUUGUGGGGUUCGAGGUGGCCGCCUCUGACGACGUGUCACCGCUGUGGCGCGCGCUGCCGCUGCUAGCCUACCUGACCGUCAUCCUGGCCAGCCUGACGGGCACCGUGGCCAUCGGCACCACGGUCGGCCGUUUCCACGACCAGUGCCCGCUGUACGCGCGGCCCAGCGUCGCAGAGUUCGACGGCCAAAACGUGACGUUCAACGAACGUUCGUCCGACGACCGACGCACCAGCUGGGGCGACGCGCGCGUCUGUAACGUGGCAGAGUUCCUGCCCAUCUUCGCGGUCAUCUUCUCCGCAGCGUUCUUCUUUUUCUUCUGUAUGUGCGGCAAAGGCGGCAAGGGCUCGGCCGAAGGGUUUGGCAUGGAUAGUCCGUGGCGGAUUGUGUGCCCUGGCCUGGUGUUCAACCUGGGGAUCACCAUCGCGACGCUGGUGUGCGCCGUCUGGACCUCCGGCGGCGUGUACCAGUUCUGCGAGGAGCUGGAGCAGUCGCACACCAACAUAUCCUGCGCUGAGCUCAACAACUAUCGCUUUAUUGGCUACCCGAAGGUAUCAAAUCUGAGGUCCUGGCUCGUCCUAGCUCAGGUGUGCUCCUGGCUGAUGUUCUGCGGCCUGCUGUUCGUCACCCUGCUCCUGAUCCUCCGCUGUCUGUGCCGGCCCGACCUGGUGCCCGUCUAUGAAACUCUCGCGGACGAGGCGGCCGGCGGGGACGGCCGGCGCCACUCCACCGACACCUACUUCACGGCCUCGUCCACGCCGCGCCGACCGGACGCACCGCCCGGUCCGGGAGGGGACGGCCCCACCAUCGAGACGGUCAGUCCACUGGUCCACCGGUCGGCGGAGCCCUGAGCCGGCUGCGUGCCCAUCUGAAAACGCUGAGCAGAUUCGACUGGGCGCCCAUCGCGGGGGUCGCCGCUUUGUGAGGUGUGUGCUGCUCCGGGUCGGUGGCUGGCGUCGAGUGUGUUUCGUUGAGUCCUUCGUCUGCCGUGUGGUUGUCUUCGCUACGCCUCCCGGCCGUUUUGACUACGGACUGUGAUAGGAGUUGGUAGAACAUGAUAACCGUGUAGGCUACGAGGUCCUGAACCCCAGGAGUUGGGCAGACCGCGUGCCUCAAGACUUAGUCACAACCGGCCGAGCCGAGUCCUCUUCGAAACUCUUCUGACCUGACGGGGUCACGGUCUGGCCCUCCGUCGUGACGGUCGAGUGUGUCGGAUGCUCACUUCACGUGCUGCUCACAUGUGCUCACUUACCGUGCAGCUCACAUGUGCUCACUUACCGUGCUGCUCACAUGUGCUCACACUACGCUGCUGCUCAUUGCUGCUCACCGGCGGGCUCCCAGAGCGCCGCCGCUGCUAGCGUUAGAGUCCGGGUAUCUGGCCAACCGUGCUCACCAGACGGACGGUAACAGAGCUGGUUGAGACACUAGAGCAGUCUGUUAGCGUAGCGUCGUGCGUGGUUUCUACACUACUUAUCGGUGGUUGGACCGCUCGCAUCACCCAGUAGUCACAAGAAGAAGUCGAAGAUCACAACAAGGUCACCAUCCUCGCUGUGAGAGGAACAUCCGGCUGUGGUAUCAGUCGGUCACUGCAGGCAGCAGACCUGUGAGUGGAGAACAAUUGUUUUCUUUGUUUCUUCGGAGCCGAGGUUUGACUGUCGCACUUGUUCGAUCUCUUCGAUGUAGCUCUCAAUGGUCGCUUCCUUCCUGUCUCUAUAUUGACCACAUCUACAUAAAAAUAGAUGAGUCCCAGUCCCUCGCAUACUUGAACUUCAUUGGGAUGAAGACACGGUGGUAAAGUCUCGAAGUUUGGCAGACCUCCCUGGGAGGUUCGCCAAAGCUCCGAUAUGUGUCGCUAGUUGUUCUACACGACCGUUGUUUGCCCUGGCUGUUGCCAAUGGAGGGCAGGGCUAACUGUUCUGCCGUUCGAUCGCUCUACUUGGGUGACGGUUACUUAAUUAUACAUGUGGAUACUUUGUGAGGUAUUUCCCUUGCUAUAUAAUCAAGUUCUAUUUUUGUUGGGGCUCUACAUGAGAAAGGAGGGACAGAUUCUAUUUUCGCCUUUUCUACCAGCCUGAAUUGCAGGCAAUGUGAGGGUUGUAUGUAUGUGUGGUCACAGUGAAGUGAACAGCGCAAUGGCUUCUGUAUUUCUGAAUCUAGCUUAUAAUUAUUGCAGCAGUUAUACGAGCAAGUAAGCAACCCGUGAAUGGCGAGUCAUAAAACCCUCGGACGCUUUUUUUUUUUGGUGCGUGGGCGUAUGCGCUGGAACUGGCAUAUUACCAGUCCGUGCGCGGGCUAGGUAGUUGCAGAAAUAUGAACUUCAUGGUCUCCCUUCCCCCUCUGGAAAAGCGUACCCUUCAGCAUCUCAGAGUGUUCAACACUUGCGGCUACUUUUGUGGACUUCUGUAUACUUUUGGCUUGUUGAUAAGAACUUUGAAUGAUGCGUUCAUCCAUUUCUAGAUUAUAAUUUGUUGCAUAUUUUGUGGUAAGCACAUCAAAAUAACUUCGCGUUGAUUUUGAUGAUAUUAUUUAUUCUAAGUUUGCUGUUUAUUUACUUAUUUAUUAAGCCAAGCAUCCGCGCAAUUGUGGAUGUGUUUUUAUGGUAUUUUUUAUGAAAUUAUUCACGGUCACCAUUUGCUUGUUUUUUACGCUUCUUCAAGCUAUUCCAUGCCUUACUAACUACAAUAUUCGUUCUGAUUUGAGGCGUGUUAUCCCGUAAUCUGGUCAUCUUGUCACAACAUUUUGCGAGAUCGUGUUGUGUCACUUAUUUGCUGGAAAAUGUGAUUGUGUUGCUUGUGAAGGUCUUCAGCGGUCACUGAAUUCAGUUUAACAGUUCAGCAUCGCGUAUAUUUUGUCUGGACUGUCUUUCUUACACAGUUGUGUUUGCUUGCAAAACAUAUUUUUUGUCCCAAAUUUAUUCUUGAAAUGUGCAUAAACAGGCGUAUUUUUCUAUAUUUAUCGACAUCUUUCGUUUUUCUUGUUUGUCGGUACGAUUCACUGCAACGCUCUUGACGCGUUGACACCUGUGUUGUGUCUGCUCGUAGGCUGGUGACUGUUUAGGGUGUGUUGUUUUUGGAGU